GAAGAACGUGUGUAAGCAGGGGCUCUUACUGAUCCAAGUUAGGAGCUCUCAGCUGCUAGCCUUGGCCCAUCAUGUAAGUGCCUGCCGAGGUUUCUUUGCAGAGCGCUUGCAGAAUUUACCCCGUUUUCUUUGCUUUUUGCGUGGCGUGCAAUUGCAAUCUCAGCUUUUGCACGGAGAAGAGCGCAUCCGACGCCCAAAGGUACGGAGUGCAUGAAGAUCGGAGCUUGUAUGUUGCACCAUUGUUGCAAAGCAAGCCGCUUGAAGCCUCACUGCGAGGACUAGAUGGAGGGAGGGAGCGACAAGGAAGGCAAAGUCUUUUGUGCUUCCCCUUCCCCCAACAACCCGAAAGGGGAGAUGUCCGUGCCAAAAGCAGCAGGUAAAAAGAAGCCACCUCUCCGGCUUCCAAAAGAUGUGUUUGAUAAACCCCAGCCUGCACCUACACCCCCAAGAGACCUGGACUCCAAAGCCUGCGUUACCAUUGGCGAAAAGAACUUUGUGGUGAAAGCAGAUGAUUUGGAGCAGAUUGGGGAGUUGGGGCGAGGGGCGUAUGGAGUGGUGGACAAGAUGAGACACGUCCCCAGUGGCGUAAUAAUGGCAGUAAAGCGGAUCCGGGCCACAGUAAACACACAGGAGCAGAAACGGCUGCUAAUGGACCUGGACAUCUCGAUGAGAACAGUCGACUGCUUUUUCACUGUUACCUUCUAUGGGGCCCUCUUCAGAGAGGGUGACGUAUGGAUCUGCAUGGAGCUGAUGGACACCUCUCUGGAUAAGUUUUAUAAGCAGGUGCAGGAGAAGGGUAUGACCAUCCCAGAUGACAUCCUUGGGAAGAUCACAGUCUCUAUUGUAAAAGCAUUGGAGCAUCUCCACAGCAACCUGCAAGUGAUACACAGAGAUGUGAAACCCUCUAAUGUCCUGAUAAACAUGCAGGGCCAGGUGAAAAUGUGUGAUUUUGGCAUCAGUGGGUACCUGGUGGAUUCAAUGGCAAAGACAGUGGACGCUGGCUGUAAACCAUACAUGGCGCCUGAGAGAAUCAACCCUGAGACCAAUCAGAAAGGCUACAAUGUCAAGUCUGAUAUUUGGAGUUUAGGAAUCACAAUGAUUGAGCUGGCCAUUCUGCGGUUUCCCUAUGACUCAUGGGGAACGCCAUUUCAGCAGCUCAAGCAGGUGGUGGAAGAUGCGUCGCCCCAGUUGCCAGCAGACCGGUUCUCACCCGAGUUUGUGGACUUCACAUCACAAUGCUUAAAGAAAAAUUCCAAAGAGCGGCCAAACUACACAGAACUAAUGCAACAUCCUUUCUUCACCCUCCAUGACUCCAAAGACACCGACGUGGCUAGCUUUGUGAAGAGCAUCCUCGGGGACUGAGUGCAUCCCUCUCGGCAAAAAUUGUGUUGCCGCGGGGGGAGGGGAGAGACUGGACUGUUUCAGAAAAGAAAACACCAAUAGCAAGACUAACACCUGUAAGACACGCCCACCUCAGCUACCAGGAGUGUACAUGCAUUCAAGAGGGGCUGGGGGACAGAAACUGAGGGGGGCAGGGCGUUUCCUAGCAACACACCGGAGUAGGGCAUGGGACGGGAAUCUUAGUACGUGUGUGCAUGUAUGCGUGUGAAAUUGCGUGUGUGCGUUUGUAUGUGUGAAUUAUAUGCCUGAUUGUAUGUGCAUACAUGAGCAUUAAAAGGUUUUACAGUCCCAAGUCUUAUUUUCAAUUCACACUUAAUCAAUUGUUCAAUCGUAGUCAAAACUGAGCUUUACCUCUCAAUCCAAAAAGCAGUUUUAAUAUCAGGUGAGUCUGUUAUAGAUGUAUGUUGAGUUUUCCCCAGUGGCACUUCAGUGUAUUCAACAACCAACAACAUCUGGAUCUCUUUAAAAUAAAAUGAAAUAUAAAGAGAGAGAGACUGGUAUAGAUAUAUUUAUCUAUUAUCCAUAUAUGUGUAUAUACUCCAAAAAUAUUUCUUGAAUUUGUUUAAUGAGUUCAUUAGGACAAUAUACUGUGUUGGCUGCAAGGAGUAAGUUAUAUCAAAAGAAAAAUGGAUGAAUGAAACAUCUGUUUCCUCUGUAUUUGCAGAAGGCUGCAUCAUUGAAGGCUGAUGUCAGAUCAGUUUAGAACGCAGUUGGAAUAGUGAGGGUCAGGAACUAGUCCCACAGAGCUGUUUCUGAAUCAGAUGUUAAAGGAUAGUUAACCCAAAAAUGAAAAUUCCAUAAUUUACUGUUUCUGUCACCGUUUUCUUUUUUUCUACAUUUUAAAAAGGCAGAAGAAAAAGUAAAACAGGUUUGGAACAACAGGGUGAGUAAAUGACAGAGUUUUCAUUUUUGGGUUAACAGUCUCUUCACUGGUCAGAAGUGAAGAUCUUUGCUUUGCCUGCAAAUCCUAAUUGCAGUUUUUGCAAACACUGCUUUCCAAAUACCCUCCACGAACUUUGUGUGUGAAUGGGUGUACGUAUGUGUGUGGUUUAUUUGCUACUUGUCUAUACCAAGGUAGUUUUGGGGCAAAAGGUAUCUAUCUGUUGGCUACAUCUAGUCCUCUCUGUUCUGAGCCAGUCAAAAAAAAUCUCACUCUUUUCAACUGCAAUCAAACUGGAAAUGAUUAUAUUAUUAUUAUCUUAUUUUAUUAUUAUUAUUAUUACACACACUGCAUAUGUAUUAACCGUAAUGAGGUGUUUUGCAGUUUCUGUACGUGUUGUAACUGCUGUUUUUCUCAUUGGAAACUUGACAAUUUCAUUUAAAUUUUAAGGUUGUGUGCAGGAGUGUGUGUGUGUGUGUGUUGAAGUACGAGCGUGUGUGUGUACAUGUAUGCAUGUGAGUGUUAUAUACAAGUCUGAACACACGUAGCUGACACUUUCAAAGCCUCACUGUGACUCGGAAGCCUGAUUUUGUGCCUCUUUGUAGAAAAAAAGCAAAAAAGAAUUCACCUACAGUACAUUCAUACAAACUACAAAACCCACGCUGCUUGUGAUACAAAGACAUGCUUUGCUUUCCUCAGGCUUUGGAUUGUGGUGAGGGGUCUGUUGCUUUGCUUUCUGGGCUACUGAUUUUAUUCUCCCGAAAUAUUCUGUAAGAUGGAGAUGAUGUAUGUGUGCAUGUGUGUUUGUUUUGUUUUGAUUUUAUGUUUUAUUUCUUUUGGGUUGUUAGGGUCUAUUUUUUGUUGUUGUCUUGUGACCACUGUAUAGAAUGGAUAACACUGCUGAUUUGCCUGUAAUCGUUCUAUUGUUUGAUUCAAACAUAAAUGUUAUCAUAUCUUCGCUGCUUCUUUGGCUAUACGUUACAAUUAAAUCAUGUGUCUUUUGGGGGGUGGGGGGAUUCGUACAAAACAUUCCUAUUGUACACAAAUAUUCUGCAUAUAUCCCCAUAUGUAUGCAGAAUAUUUGUGUACAAUAGGUAUGUGUUGUCAAACUUCACAAAAGUUGAUUUAUACUGAUGAAUCUUAUGACACCUGUCAAGAAAAUAUCCAGGUAAAUUUCACCCCCAAAAAAUAAAAUUAUUUAUUCAAAAUUCUGUUUAUAAAUAGAAGUUAAAAAGUGGCAAAGAAGCUUAGUUUAGGACCUUAAAGGGAUAGUUCACCCAAAGAAUCUCAUUUACUCACCCUCAUGCCAUCAAAAAUGUGUAUGACAGACUUCUGCAGAACAACAUUUUGCCCCUGUAGGGCCAAAAAUGUGAAACUUUGAAAAUGCAUAAAAGUAAUCUAUAAGACUCCAGUGGCUGAGAAACUGAUGAAUAAUUAAGUCGGUUUUUACGAUAAUUUCGCUGUAACUUUCUGCAUAUUGCGGCUCCGUUUUGUUGUCCGUUAUGCAUAACGCGGCGGCGCAUUUUAGCUUAAUGCGGCCCAUUCAGCACAUUUCGCGGCCGGCCCACUCGGAUCUCACGAUGGUUAGUCUGCCCCUGAUCGGCCCCUUAAGUGCGUCGGCACACUGGGAAAAUGCCCGGUAUGCCAGAUUACCAGUCCAGCCCUGGCCAUUCCCCUUGAUCACAUUUCAGAGGUUUUCAAUGGGGUUCAGGUCUGGAGAUUGGGCUGGCCAUGACAGGGUCUUGAUCCGGUGGCCCUCCAGCAUUGCUGAAGCACCCCCAGAUCAUCACCGAUCCUCCACCAAAUUUCACAGUGGGUGCGAGACACUGUGGCUUGGAAGGACUCUCCAGAUCUCCGUCUAACCAUUAGAUGACCAGGUGGAGGAUCGAUGAUGAUAUGGUUGUGCUUCAGCAAGGCUGGAAUCAUACAGAUUCAUCUUUGUGAAGGAUGCAUGAAUCAAGACACAUAAGGUUAUCUUGGAAGAAAACUUGCUUCCUUUUGCUCCGACAAGAAUGUUCCCCAACUCUGAGGAUUGUUUUUUCCAGCAGGACAAUGCACCAUGCCACAUAGCCAGGUCAGUCAAAAGUGUGGAUGGAGGACCUCCGGAACAAGACCCUGUAAUGGCAAGCUCAAUCUCCAGAUCUGAACCCCAUUGAAAAUCUGGAAAAUAUAUCAUGGAAUGUGAUCAAGAGGAAGAUGAAUGGCCACAAGCCAUCAAACAAACCGAGCUGCUUGAAUUUUUGCACCAGGAGAGACAAAGUUACCCAACAGCAACGUGAAAGACUGGUAGAGAGCAUGCCGAGAUGCAGGAAAGCUGUGAUGGAAAAUUAAGGUUAAUCAGGGAUGAAUAUGAAAACACGGCCUCUUUUUUUUUGUUAUUUGGACCAGUUGUCAUUUUCUGCAAACGAAUGCUGUAAUUGGCCAUAUUUUUAUUUGGGAAUUGGGAGAAAUGUUGUUAGUACUUUAUAUAAUAAAACAAAAAUGUUAAUUUAUCAAACACAUACCUAUAAAUAGUAAAUUCAGAGAAACUGUUACUUUUGCAGUGGUCUCUAAAUCCAUAUAUAUAUAUUAUAAUUAUUAUUAUAUUGAAAUGUGCCCUGGGCAAGUUUUGUGAGAAUAACUGACAUACUAGUUUAGGUUUUAUGUUAUAUAUACGGUAUAUGCAAAAACAAUUAUAUGAAACAAAUAGCAAAUUAAUGAACACCUAAAACAUGCAGGAACUAACGUACCACUUCACAGACUUUUCUAGUUCUAGAAGUUUCUGUUCUCUGCUAAAACCGAUGACUGCUGGAUGCCACCAAAAUCUUUCCACUCCGUCUGCCUCCAAAAUCUUUCCAAUCCGUCUGCCUCAUUCAUCCAUAUGAUCAUUCCCAGCCAUCAUGUGUUAAAGGUAUGGAUUAGCUAAGUGAACACUGCCAUGAGAUGACAGUAUAAGUAAAGACAUUUAGCACAUGACCUUUGAAAAAGAAUAUAUUUUCUAUCUGUCAGUCUCUAUCCCAAUUUCUUCUCCCUUAAAUGCAGUUAUAUCAGUUCUUUAUUAUACGUCACCUUCUCUUUGAUGAAAGAUUUAGAGUUAGAAGAUUAUUCUAUCACACAUGGUCUUGUGACUCUGGUGUCCAUCCCAAAAUCCCCUCAGUGGCCACACUAUUUACUCAGUGUGGCAAGAAACCGGCCUGAACACCCAUGAAACAUAAUGCAGUUCUCAUCUUCACAGGUUGUCCAAUCCUGUCAAAGUUAUUAUGUAGGUGGAGGAUGCAACAUUUGUUGAGUUUUAUAUUAAGUUACAUUUGAGACUCAACCUAUGUGCCAUACUUUCUGGUAUUAUCAGAUAGUUCGCUAUGCUCAUUGCUUCAGUAUACAGUACAUUUUAAUCUAGUAAUAGGUCCUUGGUGUGAAUUUGUGAAUCCUCUAUUGGAUAAGCAGCAAUUUAUUAUUUUUUUUUUCAAGAGGGCCAGUUGUAUAUAUUCUUUAUUAAUGAAUGCAACAUUAAAUGAAUUAUUUCAUCAGAUAUCCAUGCAGGACGCCAUCAUAUAAUUAUUUUACUUUGUGUUUGACCCUUUAUGCCUGUUUUUUGUCUUUUCUUUCUAUCAUCUGUUCUUUGACAUGAAAAUGGCUAGCCACAUAUACACACACACUGUAUGUGACAAAAGUUGUGUCUCAAGGAGCUGUGUUUUUGUUUGAUUGUUAAUUAAAGGUUUACAGA